CAGUUCGAAAAGGGAGAAACCAUGAGUCUUAUAACGACGCAUAGCAAUUCAUUAUUUGAUGUAUUACUCAAUUGUAUUCAAACGAUAGGUAGAACGGUUUCAAAUAUUAUUGAAUUACUUGCUCCCGUUGGCUUUAUCGCUGCUAUUUCUUACGCGUUCCAUCGUGUCCACGAAUAUCGCUGUAAAAGAUUGGCGAACGUCGAAUUGAUUAAUACAUUGAGACACGAACGCGACUCAAGUUUUGAAACCUUUAAACGCAUUCGAGAAUAUAGCAUAAUCAGUCACAAAGCCAUGUUAUGCGAUUUGAUAAGGGCGGCUAAAAAAUCUUACCAAACAUCGUAUGCGUUAAAAUGUAUCGACAUAAUAGUACGGUGUCCACAAUUAAUAAAUGUAAAAGAUUUUCAACAAGGUUUUACACCUUUUCAUUACAUCUGUUUUUACGGUCAUAACUCAUUAAUUGCCUUUAUGCUAGCAAAGGGUGCUGAUGUAUCUAUUACCACUGAGAGAGGAAACACUGCCUUGUGUAUGGCUAUUUAUCAUUUUUUAGACAAACCAGAGGACAAUGACUUUUCUCGUCUCGAUAUGCUAAAACAGGCUGGAAGCGAAUUUGGGCUUGAAAAUGAAAUGUACGAUGCAAUAUUACAACUGGCAUUCGAAAGUAAUCAUACGAAAUUAAUAGAAUGGUUAAUUUCAACAUCCCCGUAUAAAAUUUCACGAAGCGUUAGCACAUCAUGAACUUUUAGAUAUAAUUAUUACAUACUAUUAGUUACUUUUAAUUAAAAUACUGUUGAUGCGUUCAU